GAGGGAAUGCUGCGUUCAAUGCAACUCGGAAACCCAGUUCCGACCGGUCUCGAACGCGGCAUAAGUUCCCUUAACCUCACCAAAAGCUAAAGAAACUCAUUUUAAAAUAUUAAGGUACUUUUGUAUAUUUGUCUGGCUCUCAGGUGUUUUUAUAGUUCACUUUGGAAAGUUCAUGGUUGGCUUUACCUGUUUUCCACUCUGGACUUUCGCUGUAUGUUUGAGUACGGCAGUGUGGGCGAAGCCUGUUGAAGGUCAGCCUCAGUUGAUCGGUUCAUCUCGGCCAAUCGUGGUCUCUCUGGGUGAUGACAUCAUCCUGCCGUGUCGUGUGGAGCCUCUGCUCAACGUGGAGGACCUGACGGUGGAGUGGUGGCGUCCCGACCUCCCGCGUGACCCCGAAGAUCCACUGAGUCCGUACAAGCAUGUUCACCGUUACCGUGACAACCACGAUGUAGAGGACAUGAAUAUGUCGUCAUACGCUGGGAGGACGACGCUGUUCAAAGACGAGCUGAAACACGGAAACGCUUCACUCAAGAUCCUCAACGUGAAGCUCUCUGACCAAGGAAGCUACAGAUGUUUCAUCCCACAGCUGGGGAGGGCUACGAUUAUUAGGAUUGUUGUCGAUCCAGACACUGUUAAAACCUGGACAACAGAGACGCCGCCGCUUCCCAGAAAUCUCCAAACUCCAGAUCCAAAGGUGGAGACGGAUGUUAAAGGUGGUCGAUCCCAUCAGGGCGUUUGGAUCCCAGCUGUGUGUCUUACUGUCCUGGGAGUCUGUGGUGGCGUCGCUGGAUAUGUGAUUAAACACAAGCCACAAAAACUAAAUAUCAGGGAUUCAGACCAGCAUCACCUCCAGCCAGAAGUGGAUCCACUGGAUCAGCAGGAGGGAGCUCUUCAUGAUGGACACAGAUUACCAUCAGAAGGAACAUUAACAAUGUUGAAGGAGACUUUAAACUAGCGACAGAGACAAUGAACUGAUUAGUAAAGUGUUUACUGAGGGAAUAUAUCAGUUGAGAAGUAG